AUGAAGACGCCCGGUCUGGUACUCCGCGAGGGUGAGCUGGAGAAGCGCAGCGACAGCCUGUUUCAGUUCUGGAAGAAGAAGCGCGGGGUCCUCACGCCCGACCGCCUGAGCCUCUUCCCCGCCGGGCCCGGCGCGCGGGCCAAGGAGCUGCGCUUCCACUCCAUCCUCAAGGUGGAUUGCGUGGAGCGCACCGGCAAGUACGUCUACUUCACCAUCGUCACCACCGACCGUAAGGAGAUUGACUUCCGCUGCCCGGGCGAGAGCUGCUGGAACGCGGCCAUCACGUUGGCACUCAUUGACUUCCAGAACCGCCGCGCACUGCAGACCUUCCGCAGCCGCCAAGAGCGCGCGCCCGCCGCGCCCGCCGAGCCCCGCGCGUCCUGA